AUGGACUUGACAAAAACUCUCGAUACGGUGAAUCAACAGGGAAUGUGGAAAAUCAUGAAGAAGUGGGACUGUCCUGGACGAUUCACGCACAUGAUACGUCAGUUCCAUAACGGGGUAGUGGCGUGCGUCACGGACAAUCGCUUAAUCUUCGAGGCAUUUGCAAUGACCAAUGGAGUGAAGCAGAACUGUCUACUCGCUCCCACCCUCUUCAGCCUCAUGUUCCCUGCCAUGCUGAGGGACGUUUACCGUGAUGAGCGCCCCAUGGUUUGCAUCGUCUACAGAAAUGACGGGCAUCUUCUCGACAGCCGGCAAAUGCCGGCCCCGACGCGCCUCUGCACAACCACCAUAAAGGAUCAGCUCUUCGCUGGCGGCUCCACAAUCCAUCAUGUGACCGAAGUGGGUAUUCAACGAAGAACGGACUUUUUGCCGGCCGACUGCGUCAACUUCGGUCGACAACCAACACGUACAAAACGGUAUCCGUGCAAAAACCAUCACCAAACACGCAACACAGCGCUACUCACUGAAUCAAUGUCGACAGCGGCCAAAUAAAAGCCAUAGACAACUUCGCUUGUCUGAGAAACACUUUUCCGCAGCACAAGAAUCCACGACGAAGUGGUCCACUGGACCUCCAAAGCCAGCCAAACUUUCGGCCAGCUGCAGUGCUCCGGGUGGAAUCACCCCGGCCUUCAACUAAAUACAAACUGAAGGUUACAAGACCGUUGUUCCGAUGACACUAGCAUGCGGAGCGGAGACUUAGACCGUCUACUCCAGCCAUGCCAAGAACGUUAACCACCUCCAGCUCAUUUGCCUUCCAGAAUACACUGGCUGAGAUGGAAGGACGUGAUUCCGGACAGGAAUUUCCCAAAACGGACUGGAGUUCUCGGCACCUACGCUAUGAUUAGAGACCCGCAACGGCGUUGAAACGGCAGUCACCUGCCAGAUUUGCUCUUCUGUGGUGAUGACAACACGGGUCCUUGCCGACCGAGAGGACCAAGACGACGCUACGAUAGUAUUUUGAAAAAUUCUCUUAAGCGACUGCAUACCAAUCCAGAGACGUAGGAGGACCUAGGUCCUCUGUACCUUGACCAAAACAACCUUGAAAACCUUGCACUCAGAUUUGAUUUACUGUUGAUCCUAAAAGCUUACUUCGUCGCGCAAAAACGUGGGGGCUUGUCUGUGUUUUAGAGAUAAGCCGGCCACUAGCUAAUGAAAACAGUGUGUACCAAUCCGUUCUGCAUUUUCAGUGAAGGUAUCCGGUUUUCUUUGUGGCUCAACUAUAGGUGUAAAUAUUGCUUUAAUUUGUCUAAAUUCGAAUAAUAAUUGGCCCGAAAUCCUUUUUCGUCGGCUUUGGACGAACGGUACUUGAAUUAUGCAAUAUGAUUUUCACAGCUAAGAUUACGGCCGCUGUUGACGGCUUUGCCAACAGACUAUAUGACGGAAAAUUUAGGGACACACACCUGCCUAAUUUCCUUACGGGGGACUUCGACUCUGUGCGCCCUGGCGUGCUAGAAUUCUAUAAAACAAUAGUGAAGUCUUAUCUACUCUCUUACUCUGUAGCCCACAGUCCAAGUCAUCCAUACGCCAGAUCAGGACGCUACAGAUUUCACGAAAUGUCUCGAGAUUGUUUCUCGUGCUGUAAAUUCAAUGAACACCUCGGACCCUGUACAGGUACGUCUGUGAGCACUUAUAGUACUAAAACAUUUUCCAUUAGAAAAUCGACUAUAUUGUUGCCCUUUAUGGAAGCGGUGGACGAACUGAUCACGAGCUAGGGAUACUGAAGACAUUAUUCAUCGCUCGCGACCUUACUGAAUUGCCUGUUUUGCUUGUCACCGAAUCCUCAAUCUCCUGGCUAUUGCUUAAGGUAUUUCGUAUAGUCACCACAUUCUAGAAAGGGUUCACACGUCGUUAUGCUUGAAAGUCAGCAUAUCGGAGCCCACUGCGGGUUGAUUCCGAUAGGUUAUCCGUCAACUGUUACCACAACGGGUCUUGUUUGGAACCUUGGUAUUUAUUUUUUUCCGUUUAUUUCACGAAGAUAAUCAAACUCUUGAUUUCGAGGGCCUGAUUUCAACUUCGAACAAAGUGAAAGAUACGAAAAUCACCAUCGUCUGUGAUCACCCUGUCCUUUUUACAAUUGAGAAUCUGGUGGCCACUUCACCUUGAAUUCUGGCUUGCAACCCUAACGUGCAUUUUCCCUCGUUGGGCUUAUUCACCUCAUUUUUGAAGUUUCAUAGUUUGGACUUUAGUUCAUGUCUUUUAAUUUUUUCCAGAAACAGUCUGUCUGUGUUAUACCAUUUGUUGUUUCCGGAAGCGGUCGUUACGCAUGCACGUUUCUCAAUUGGAUGUAUAUUUGAAUGCGAGCACCGCAAACUUUCAACACCUUGCCAGCAUUGGAGACGACUUCAGAGUCUUCUAUUAUUCUCGUUAAGGCGGAAUACAUCUCAAGUGCCAUAGAACUGCGUGGCAAAUUUCAUAAAUAUGUAGAAUAUUGAAUUUUCCAGUUCCUGUUUGACGUCAUCUUCACGGGCUUUUGGCAGCAAACACUGGAGUGCCCGUUCAACGGUUCAUGCCUUGCUCGUUGUAUGGUGAGUACCGACAUGGCUCAUUGAAGUUGUGCAAGUCGGAGUGCCCUGCGUGGGCCAGAAGCAGAAGCAUCUGAAAACAGGAGAACGAUAACGCAAAAAUUAUAAACAAAACGGCAUGUGUGCGAAGGUGGGACGUAGCAUGUGCCCCUGUCUGCAUGACCGCCUAGUCACGCCACUGCCGGAAGUAGGACCUAGAUCUAGACGACGUUAUGCUUUGUUAAACCUACUAAAAUCCCACUUGGACUCAAUUCGUUUUUUAAGCACCAGCCUCAUGGCCACGAAAUGGUCCCCGCGAAACCCGGCUGAGGUCGACCACCUCCAUAAUAAGGUCGUCUAUUUCGAAGUAUACGCAAAUUACUUCGCUGAGAGGGCGAGUUGUAUUAUGAGUGCUCCAUCCUAUUUAUUGCCUUAUGUUCUGACGAUGUCCGCGCGUGGCUGUUCCUCAUGUGAAAUAAGAAAUCUCAAUCACCUCAAUUACUGUUGUGAGUGACAAAUUUCAGCAACUUUCACAUCAUGCCUUGUUAUCUUGAUCUCCACUAUGCUGAUGAUAUCGAUUUACUAGCUUUAAGCUUUGACGGUCUACAGUCUAUGGUGUCACGGAUGAAUAAAGUAGCUAAAUCCUUCGGUUUAUCUACAAACGCUGGGAAAACCAAAGUGUUUCCAAGCUGCAUUCCUGACCAAGAGAAGGCGCCUCUCGAGAUCGAUGGCUGUUAACUUGAGGAUGUAGACCGUUUCAAAUGCCUCGCGGCGAGGCUGAUGCCAAAUGGACAGAUUAAGGACGACAUUGCCUCCCGAAUCAGUGCUGCCCACCGGGUUUUCUCAAGUCAUCGAAAGUGUCUGGGAACUCGAUACAACAUCUUUAUCGUCACGAAUAUUCACGUGUAUCGUACAUGCAUCCGGUCCGUCCUUUACGGCCGUUAAUGCUGGUCUGUGCUCGUGGAAGAUAAGGUAAAACGGGGUGUAUUUGACCACCACUACUUGAGGACCAUCCUUCGAGUGAAGUACGCCGACUUCGUCCCAAAUGAGACAGUCUGCGCUCGCUGCGACAUCAUCUAAAGGAUAACCCAGGCCAUCCAAGAAAGAUGACUGAGGUAGUUUGGACAUGUUCUUCGUCAUACACUUUAGGAGCUCAGUGUUACUGUCCUCGACCCGGCACCGUUACCCCAUCGGAGGCUUCGAAGAGGCGGUCAACUCGAAAUCUGGUUUGACGUAGUUCGUCAAGAAAUGGAAGUGAUUCUCGGACCUUCGGUAUCUGGUUUCCGUCGCUGGCAAAGAGAAUGGGUUGAGUUGUCCAGGUCUGCUGCUCCGGUCCUCGCGCGUGGAUAAGUAAGGUUUGCGACAUUAUCGAGGCAAACAAGUAGUACAACUCCUGACCAGGUGUGCGGAUCAGAACUCAAAAUGCAUCUGCUUUAACAUUUAGAGUGCGCGAAAGCGCCUUCGGCGGAGUUUUCGAACAAACUGUCGUGCAUACUUGUAUGUCCUUUGUCAUUGGGGCCAAAAGAGCUCGUCUCGUUCUACUUCUCACCUCUAACCAGCAAUACAUGCGGACGAGAUCCAGUGGAAGACGCCGUUCGGUUCUCAAAAGGUUAUAUUUUCCUGAAGAUCCAGUCGAUCGCUCUUUGAACUACUUUAUAACCGUGAUAUUUUUGAGUAUUCUGGCGUGACCUGAUGUACGGGCCCAUCGUCGCGGGCAAUUGAAAUGUCACAACAGGAUGUGCGAUCCAUCUAUGAGCUGAGUUCCUACCACUCGCUGUAGGAUACUAUUUCCCGGACGAUGAAAAACUGAUGUGUUUUACUGCUCUCAACACUAGGAGCACUUCGUGCCACCCUCUCAAACGAUGACGAUGAAACUAAAUGCCUUUCCGGGCACCUAGGGCCAUCCCCAUACUAGGCCUCCGCAUGAUGCGUUUUGCCGAUGGUGAGAGCAAAGGAAGUUUCGACUACGACUUCGACCACGUUGAUUGAAAAGCAAGACUUGCCAAGCACCGUCCCGCCCUCAUGGGUUAUGUCUUAAACACGGCUGCUUUAUCACGUUGCCAUCGACAGCUUUUGCUCCUCUGGUGUUUCCAGUCGAAACUGGCUCACGCGAACUGACACAGCUUAUCAAAAGUAAGUCAAGUUGGUUCCAGGCUACGACACGCGCUGCAACAGUCAUUAGAUCUCUGAGUAAACUAUUUGGCUGGUUACGCCAGAGCUAGCGACAGGGGCCUGGGGCUUUUAUAUCGUCAUACCAUGUCUGCCUAAUACGUUAGACAACAAACUCCAGUGGUUGACGCGUUUUUUCCUGCCCUCAUGACUGAAAUCCGACAUUAAGUAGUCCAGCCGCCUGAAUAUGAAUGCAGCUGUGGCUUGUCAUAUCUGAAAAAGACUUUCGGUUUGGUGGCAGUUUUUUUAAAAAGACAAAAUACUUUAUGAAGACUUCCUUUCAUUAAAAAUCUACGCUUCCUGUACCACAGUAUUAACCACCUGGUUACUGGACCCGUAUUCUAAAAACAAAAGUCGGGCCCAUAGACGAGUGGUUUUAUCGUUGCGCGCUUUUUCAAUAAGGGCCAGGUAACUGUUGAAUUUGUCGUGGCACACACCUUUUUGACAUUACUGCAGAGGGCUUCGCAGUCAUCCCCUCAAUCGCUCCUGCGAUAAAUAAGCAAGGAGGAAUCUGUGCGCUCUUCAACCAGAGUACUAAAGUGUUGGUCAGAACUUGUCGUCCUGAUAUACCGCGAGUGCAGCAAAUGUUGCCCACCUAUCGCCACCGUUUAGUCCGCAUCCCUACAUCCGACUCGGCCUACCAGGAUUUGCAGUGAUCGAUCACGCGUCAUUAUGCCUUUUCGAAAAGGUCAUACAAAGUGAUUCGGACCUACUAUCUCUGAAAAAUCAACAAAUUCCGUGCUGGUGGCGAGGACGGUGCCUUCUUCGAUAUCGUCACCAUCUCUCAGGGUAUAUUCUCCCACAACUUCUUUUCAUUUGCGAAGUAAAAUGGGUUACUCUGUUCUUACAGCAUUUGUGGUUCGUGCUCGUCGUAUUCGGACUGCAAUGAUGACGCUCCAAUACCGACUAGCUCCUCUGUGCGAAUGUUACGUACCCUUCCCAGAUAUAUGCGAAGGUAGAUAGAAACGUCCGCUCCGGGUUUCGCAGACGGAGAUAUAUGUCUCUUCACGGCGGGAAUAAAUUCAACUGUCGGGUCGGUCAGGAACGCGGUCUUCGACAUUUUCAAAGCCUCUAAAAGUCUAGUGACAUCAGUCGGAAGGUCGGACUGCGAGUUUAUAAGGCUUUUAUUGAAACACUUUCAGUGCAUGACCCAUGCGUUCAGAAAAUAUUUGAAGCCAGGGGGUGUCUGAUCAAUUUUACAUGCGCUCGCAUUUCAAAGUUCGUCUCAGUCCCGUUUCCGAUGAACGGCCAUCCAGUCCGUGCCGAAGCACUCGCCAACCACCGUUAUCAUUGGCCGACUGGAAUGCUAGGCUACGCACCAAGUCAGCCUGGAGGGCGAACUCUUCCUGUACUUUAUAUCGUCAAGUCCCGCUCGUUGUUGCUGACGACCUCAGGAUGGCCAACGAAAACAUGGAUGUAGUGUCUGGAAGCUGACCAUGCAGAUCUCUGGCCCUUCAGCCCGCGAGGUUGACGUAUUAUCUGGCUUCACUUCGCUCGGGAGUCUGCCACCGAAUGCAGUGAUUGUUUGUGAUGUGGUCCACCUGCAGCGUGCAGUUGACUGAAUCAGACGUACAGACUGCAAUACACCGCAGAUUGGUUAACUAUAUCCGACAUUUUGUUGUGUUCGACGUCUUCUCUAUCCAGCUUUCUGUUAGUUGGUUCACAGGACACAAUCGUCCUUUAAAAGGCUGUGCUGAAUAGGGCUUGUACGUAUAUUUUUGGCAAGGGAAUGCUCAUGAAACCCUUCUCCCAUGACGUUACACGCCAAUUUUGUUGGGUGGGCUUGUUUGUCGCUCCCAGCCAAACACUUAGAUCAAGUGUUGACGUGUUCAGGUGGUUGACGUACUCCACUCGUGCGGGCUGCUGACUGUUGUGUGGCAGUCUGGACGAAGUGAACAGUGAAUGGCUAAGUUCUGGGUAGGUGAUGUGGGAGGGCUACACGCAGAUGGUUGGGUUUUUGGCCUUCCCCGACCUAGGCUGACUGAUUUGGGAGUUUGUCCUGGAAUUAAAAGUGGCUUGUGGGUGUGGCCGUUGACGUAUAAAUUCUCGGAGGAUUGUUCGGCGAUAACACUGGUGAUCCUCACCGACUCCAGUAUUCACGCCUCCGCCUUUCGCGCCCACGGCUGUUUGCCGCUAAUAUCCAAUGGGGCCGAUCCCUGACCGGGAUGUCGGUUAGCAACAUGGGCACAUUAGCAGGGGUUAGGUGAUUGCAGUGUCGUUCCACAGCAUGUAAGUCUUGCCGCCAUCUCAUUUUCCCAUAGACUUUGCUACUCGGUUAACUUCGAAAAUGGCUGCUCCAGUCCUUAUGAUAGUACGCUAGACCUGCCGAUCCUGCGCGAGGCCUUCCCAGGUAUCGGGGCUGAUUUGCGGGUGCUUGGGAGAGGUCUUCAGGGCGUAAUUAUAUCGUCAUUCCUUAUCGUGAGCACCCACGUCACCGUAGAAUACUUUAUUGGAUAGGCGCUCGCCUUGCACCCUCACAAAGUGACGGCUUCAAGUCUGUCGUAACUGCGUCAGCAUGGCACAUCUACCAUGGAAGCCUGUUCCUCCUAGGAUAUCGGUGUCUGGGAUAUUUUUCUGCCACCACUUUCAGUAUUCGACGGCGGCUAAGAUGGUGUUUGGCUUUUAGAGACUAUUCACGUCUGCGCUCCAUACGAAAGCGCUGACAAGAUGACGACCCUGCAAGUAUUCAUUUUCGUGCUCACGUGAAGCCUGCGAUGCUACAAACUGAAUGAUAUGGCUGGUCGAAUGCCGGGCGGACCUUGAUUAUCUAAAUGUAAUUUCAUCGUCAAUCCUGAUACUUCUUCAAAUUGCAAGUGUUAGAUACAUGAAUCUGUCCCCAGGUAUGAAGCCAAUUCAAUCGACACUGAUAUUGUGUUCGUUGUAGUCGCUAUUUUGUGUAGGUUAAUGCCUGAACACUGUCCCUUGGUCCUAGAGGUCAAUCCGAAGUCGGGGCAGUCGGAUGCAAAGAGAUUAAUAUCCCAUUGUAUUUCCAUUUCCAUUAUGGUGUUGAGCGCGCAGUCGUCUGCGAACAGGAAGUCGUGAUACACAGGGUUGUUUUCAUCCGAUAUAUGUUGGACAGUUGUUCUUCAGUUGUAUAGGCAAUGCCGGGUGUUUGUCGCCAUUGUGAAGAACAUUGGAGAUGUGUUUAUCACAGAGCUGCCCGUUUCCCAUUAAGUUUGUGUAAGUGGAUAAUAAUGACCAUUUUGAAGUCCUGGGGACGUUGUCCUUGUCUCCAUAUCUGAAGUAGGGAGUGGACUUGCCCAUGAGUUAAGGGUCGCUAAAUCUGUAGAUUUUGGCCUGAAUUGAGGUGGUGCACCGUGAUUUGUCACCGGACAUCCGCUGUAUGGUCUCCUUCAGGAGGGAGAGGGGAGGGGCGGCGGUCGAGGUUCACGUUAGUAUUCAUCCGAAAGAAUUUUGCUGUUUCCGUCGGAUGUUACGGAUGUCCGAUAUGCCUGAUUCAACCCUCCCGAACUUGUUAUCUUUCUUACAGGAGUGCUGUCCUAUCAGAAUUAAGUAGCGGUGCGUUCCCCAUAGGUUGGGUGCCGCAGACCGUUUUGAUAGCCUCUGGGAAGUCCUCCAUUUAUUGUUGGGUCCCUGUGAAGUAUUCAAGCGUUCUUCGUUUUUCUCUGCCUCUGCCGUGCUACAUCUCUACAUCAGAAGUAUGUGGUGGCCGAACGGCUUACGGAGAUGCACGGUUUUUCCAAGCCGUCACUUUCAGCACUCUUAGCUCCCAAACUCCUCCUGCUUCUCCCCUUUCACAGUUGGAGGUCGGGCUUACCAAGCGGGCCGAUGAUAUAGCUUCUCUCCAGAAGCAGACAAUUCCUCCCUCAUCUCAGAGCCAACCAAAGUCGUCCGUCUCGCAUGUCCAGUCUGUACAUUCGGCCCGUUCCAACACAGUCACCAUUUGCUGGUAUCACAUCACCUUUGGUGCUAAAGCCCGUCGCUGCAUCCCCCCCCUGCACCCUCAACUCCAAGCAAACUGGUAAAACAGUCAGCCCGAAGGUCACUGCAGCUAAUCUUCCUGACAGCUCUAACCCUGGUCGCACAUUUCAUGUCCAUGACACCCGGAGUGGCAGGCGCUUCAUGGUUGACACUGGUGUUCAACUAAGUGUCAUUCCACUCACACCAGCUAAUCCUCGAUGUUCCAAUCUCGGCCUUUUCCUUCAGGCCGUCAACACGUCAUCCAUUACCACCUUCGGCACCUGUUUCCUCUCUCUGGACACCGGCCCCCGGCGUCUUUUCCCCUGGGUCUUCGUCGUUGCUGACAUCCCCUGUGACAUUCUCGGUGCAGACCUCCUCGCCGCUUUCGAUCUUCUGGUCGACUGCCGUUAG